UUUAGAACCACAGACACAGAGAAGAGGCUUCAUUCUCAGCUCCAAAAAUCCAGCCUCACGCACCCCACCGCGCCAAGAAAGCGAGAAGCCGGUGCGUACGCCUUUUUCUUCGCCCGUGAAUCGAGGCCACCGGGACUCAGGACAUAUCGGGGACCCUGCACUGAGGGAUUCCUGCGAGAGAGAAAAAAAAAGGGGAUCCGGUUCGCUCGCUGGCAUGCUGUGAGAAUUACCUCCAGCUUUGAGAAGCGCUCCUCCGGUCAUGCCGUGCACCUGCAAGAAGACAUCCAGCUGACAGACCGGACUGCUGAAGAACAGAAGAAAAAAAGAAGAGGGGGCAACUUUACGGGGAAGAAGUUGCCUUUGGAUCGGGGCUGGAGGGGGUCCAAAUUAUAAGUCCCUCCAUCGAUUAGAAUCACCUUUUUUUUCUCCACAUUUUCCCCCUCGAUAGAAAGGCGAAACGGCGACUUCAGUUGAUUAUCUGUCUUUCCUUUGCUAUCCAAUGGAUAUUCACUGCAAAGCAGACCCCUUCACGGCGAUGCACCUUGUAUCCCACGUAGGGCACGGAGGUGUGAACCAGCUCGGCGGGGUGUUCGUGAACGGCAGACCCCUCCCGGACGUGGUGAGGCAGCGGAUAGUGGAGCUGGCCCACCAGGGCGUCCGGCCCUGCGACAUCUCCAGGCAGCUGCGGGUGAGCCACGGCUGCGUCAGCAAGAUCCUCGGCAGAUACUACGAGACCGGCAGCAUCAAACCAGGAGUGAUUGGGGGGUCUAAACCCAAAGUGGCGACACCGAAAGUGGUGGAAAAAAUUGCAGACUACAAGAGACAAAAUCCCACCAUGUUUGCCUGGGAGAUCAGAGACAGACUGCUGGCAGAGGGCAUCUGCGACAACGACACUGUUCCCAGCGUCUCAUCCAUUAACAGGAUCAUCAGAACAAAGGUCCAGCAGCCUUUCCAUCCGUCUCCUGAUGGGUCAUCGCUUUCAACGCCAGGCCAUACAAUAGUACCAAACACGGCUUCUCCACCUGUAACCAGCGCCUCCAACGACCCCGCGGGAUCCUACUCCAUUAACGGGAUUUUGGGCAUUCCGCGAUCGAAUGGGGAGAAGAGGAAAAGAGAUGACGAUGGUUCAGAUGGUUCUGGCCCAAACAGUGAUUCUCAGGGUAGCGUGGAGAGUUUACGGAAGCACCUAAGGGCGGACGCCUUCACCCAGCAGCAGCUGGAAGCGCUGGACCGGGUCUUUGAGCGCCCCUCGUACCCAGACGUCUUCCCCACAUCGGAUCAUGUCAAACCGGAACAGGCUAAUGAGUACUCGCUCCCUGUCCUGAAUUCCAGCCUGGACGAAGUCAAGCCCUGUUUAUCCUCUAGCGCCAACCCAGACCUGGGCCCCAGUGUGUCGCAAAGCUACCCUGUAGGCCGGGAUAUGGCCAACACGACCUUACCGGGAUAUCCCCCUCACGUUCCCCCCACAGGCCAGGGCAGCUACCCAACCUCUACGCUUGCUGGAAUGGUUCCUGGGAGCGAGUUUUCGGGAAACCCCUACAGUCAUCCGCAGUACACGACCUACAACGAAGCCUGGCGAUUCAGCAAUCCAGCAUUACUAAGUUCCCCUUAUUAUUAUAGUGCCGCAUCGAGAGGCUCCGCCCCUCCCACUGCUGCCACUGCCUAUGACCGUCACUAGUUACCAUGGAAACCAAAUCAACCUGCAGGACCACGGCCUCAGCCUCCAUAUUGCCCAGGUGUGAACAUCACGGUCCACUGGACACAGCAAAAAACACGGAGAAAAUUUUCCCGACUCAGAAAAAUUUAAAAAAAAAUCGCAAGAGGAGAAAAUCUAUGGAUUCAAGAUGAUCGCCGUCUUCUCGCAUUGCAGCUUUUUUUUUUUUUUUUGGAUACCCAAAGCCGAAAGAAAUAAAAACACCGUGAUGAACACUAAAAGUUCAAACCCUUGGCUAAUUGCAAUGUUUGAUUUUUUUUUUGUUGUUGUUUUUUUUUUUUUUUUUUAAAAAGGGACUUCAGACAAAAACAUCCUGAAUUUAUUUUCCCCUCCAGCAGCGGAUCAAUACUCUACAUUCCUCUCCUCAAUGGGUCCCAGCAGGGACACUGUCCACAGCUUGAAAUGUAUCAGCAGUCAUUUUUUUUUCCGCCCUUUUGCCAUUUGUCUCCUACUCGAAUCAAAUCGCAAUGCACAGAGAUCAGGGGAGAUGAGCAGCAACCCGCGCAGGCAGUGGCGGUUGUUUUUCUGUCCAUCUGAGCAGGCACUGACCAAACACCCAGCUCCAGCGGGGAAAAAUAAAUCGAUCGCUUUUGAUGCCGUGAGAAGAUUAGGACAUGUUUUCUGUGAGACACAAUCAAAAUGUAAAAAAAUGAAAAACGAAAUAAACACCUGUUGAAAAUUAGAGGGAGCCAUGUUAUUAUAGCGCCAUGGCUAACUAUUUGCAAGGUUUCCAGUAAAGAUAUUCUUAAACUAAUUUUUUUAUUUCGUUUUUUUUUAUUUUAUUUUUAUUUUGUAAGGACUAAAUUGCAGACUGCUUGGUUAAUGUUUGACUUGUUCUCUGUUUGUCAGGAAGGUAAUCAGGCAAAACCUUUUGAGUGUUUUGUUUUUGUGUUAAUUUUGCACUAUUUUGGAGGUUUGCAACACUGAACUGUGGUUAUGCAGAAAAAUAAAUGUGCAUAUUUGUUUCAUGUAAAAAAACAAAACAAAAAAAAAACUGACUGUAAGUCGUAUGCGUCUCAGUCUGUAAAGGCACUUACAGUUUUACAGAGCCCAUCAUCUCACUGACUUGAUGUGCACUAUACAACUUUAUGUUCUCACCGCUUAUGUUUAGGUUCAUUAAGUCUUUGGCAUUCAACUGCAGAAGUAAGGAUAUAACAGCCAUUCCAAGUCUAAUUUGUCUGGAUUCACUCUGAUUUGAUGAUUCUGACAUCAAAAAGCAGGGUGACAAAUUCAGCUAUAAAUGCCUUAAACAUGUCCCCUCCUAACUUUAACUCCCGCAUGUUUCAGGCCAAGU